UACAGCUGUUGACAAUAAUUGAUGAAAAAAAUAUAUUUAAGUAAACUGAAUGGAAAUAAAUAUGCAACGGAUAUUCUUUUAAUGUAAAUUACAUGAUAUAAUCAAACAAAUUAAAAUUAACGAAUAUUAAUUAAGCUCAGAAACUAAAUCUAUUGUUUAAAAACUUUUUUUUUUGGAAUAAUCAUCCUUAGAGGAAAACGCAUUAACAUAAAAUACUACAACCCUAUUUAAUUCCAACCGAAAAAAAUGGGCAAUACAGAUUUGCUGGAAAUUUGUGGUAAUGAGUUGGUACAAGUUCUGCGCACACACUCGGAGCGCUUCACUUCGGGUGGUUGCGUGGUGCUGGACUGCAGACCUUUUCUCUCCUAUUCCCGGGCUCAUAUAUGUGAAUCACGGAACGUCAACUGGAACUCCAUGCUCAGGCGAAGAUCCAAAACCUCUGUCGUCAGUCUGGAGUGGUUGCUGCCGGACAGGUCGUUGCUGAGUCGGCUGCGCGCCGGAGAAUUCUCGUCCGUGAUAGUCCUCGACGAGGACAGCCGAUCCAUCGGUGACUUGAAAAACGAGAGUCUGGCCAGUAUGCUGCUUGCAGCACUUCAAGCUGAGAUUGAACCGGGUACCACUCAGAUCUGCUUUUUACAAGGCGGAUUCGACAGUUUCUCUGCCACAUAUCCAGAGCUGUGCGUUACCGCAUCGGUCGACUGGGGCAAACAGCCUUCCUUUAGGGACCCCGAACACGGCUUAAACGGAAGGACUACUCCAUUGUAUGACCAGGAUGGUCCAGUGGAGAUUCUGCCCUUCCUGUUUUUGGGUAGCGCCCAUCACUCCUCCCGACGGGAGACCCUGACAGAGCGUGGCAUCACAGCCGUACUCAACGUGUCCUCGUCCUGCCCCAACCUGUUUGAGGCUGAGCUCCGCUACAUGACCUUGCGUGUUGAGGACAGCUUGGCGGCAGACAUCCGCGCCCGCUUCCCAGAGGCCAUCUGCUUUAUCGACUCCGUGAAGGAGAGUGGAGGGCGAGUCCUGGUGCACUGCCAGGCCGGCAUCUCGCGCUCGGCGACCAUCUGCCUGGCCUACCUGAUCCAUUCCCGCCGCGUGUGCCUCAACGAAGCCUUCGACUUUGUGAAGAAGCGAAGACAAGUCAUCUCACCGAACCUCGCCUUCAUGGGACAGCUCAUGCAGUUUGAGACGGACGUUUUGUGCCACUGAGCGGGGCAAGGUGGACGAACGGAUGGAUAUAUAUAUAUAUAUAUAUAAAUGGACUAUAUCUUGAAGGCUUCACAGCAUUUAGAUGUAGGUUGGACGUCUGUGUGCCCUCUGUUCUGUCCCGACAAUGGUGGCUGUUUCUCUAUUCUUUCUUUUCGUUCUUGACUCCUGGCUCCUGUCAGUAGUGACACUACCUUUUGCCUGAGCUAAAUGACUAACAGAGUUUAACAUCCCUGUCUUCUAUGGAUUCACAUCAGGACUUAAAGAGCAGCCUGGUGCUGGAGAAGGUAAAGGUGUCUGUGAAAAUGCACCUAGAUGCUGCACUCUUGCAGUUGCACUUUUAUUUCUUUUUUAGUUUUUGCUUUAAUCCAUUUUUUUUCCAAGACAAGCAAUAGUGUGUGUGUGUGUGUGUGUGUGUGUGUCUGCGUGGCUGCUGGUUUGUGUACAGAGGGCUAUUCUACCAAAAUAAUCAAUACAAAACUACAGUCUUUCCAUGGAUUUAGGUGAUAAGUAGUGGCUUUUUUCACGGUCAUUACAUUUUGCACUAGAAAACAAGGGGAAAAAGCCAUAUCCCUGAAUAUAAUGGAGCAUUUCAAAAUAUUUGUGUACAUUCAACGUUGUUUCCAUUGCACUGCACUUUAUAAGUGGAAAUUCAAAACGCUGGUCGACUACUGUUGUUUAUUCCUAUAGAAUAAAAGAUCAUUAAUUUAUGGAAAAUAAUCUUUUCUGCUUUUUCUCUUCUGUAGCUUUGCUAGUCAUCAUUACUUAAAAUAUUACUCAUGUUUUUUUCCCCGGAGUUAGUCAUGCAUUUGAACUGAUGUAGGUUACAAACACAGGGUUAUUUUAGCUUUCAUUACAUGUUUCAUAGCACCAGACUCAAGUGAACAAAGCACUAAUUGCAUUUAAAAUGUAGUGGGUUGACAUUAAGUCUUUAUUACUGCCUGAAUGCGUACAGUCAUACUUUGGAAUUUGACUGAGAACACACACUUAAACAGAGGAAUGAAUAUUUCUUGUAAUUUAAAUCAAAUUCUAUCUGCAUAUAGUAUUUAUUUACAACACGUAGUAUUUAAUACACCUGGUCUGUUCACCAGACUGAUAUACAAAAUAUUAUGCCUUAUUUUGGUAAAAAAUUAAACAAAAGACUAAACGUAAUAAGGAAACUUUGGAUCUAUAGAGACUAGCUAUUCUAAGCAUUUGUGACUCUAACAAAUUAACAAAUGACACUCAAAUUGUUUUACAAGCUAUAAGAAUCCUUUGCAUUUCAAGUGAGGUUUCGUUUUAUUCAUCAGUUCUCUCUUAAACUCUGCCACACUCUUAAAACCAUCACUCUGAUGUCAUGACGCCAUCUUGGAGGCCAGUGUCUCCCAUUUUGGGCCAAUAGCAGACAUGAGCACAGGUCUGAGAUGAUCCGAAUCACACCUUGUGUGUACUGCUGAUGGUUUACACACAUUCUCAUAAAGCUCAGAAAGGUUUCAGCUUUUAAAAGUCCCAAAAAUUCUCCGUGUGGGCGCCUUCUGUCCCUGUUCCUUGUAUUCGGUCCAUGUUUGGCCAGCAGAAGAAGCAUCUCCUUCUUGUAUCCCCUUAGCACAAGUGUGUCCACCAGUUGUCUUGGGUUACUGUGUAGCUCAGCAGGUUGGGUGUGCACGGCUUGGUAGCUGUACCCUCCAGUCAGAACCCAGCUUCUUCUGCUUAUUUGGACUGACUGUUUUUUUUGCUUCCCUGGUGUUGUUAUCUUCUAUCUUAUGCUUGGUAUUUGGUCUCUUGUAUUACUUGUUUUCGUUUUUACUCCUCGUGGUCCCAGUGCUUUGUGGUUUUCCCUCUGCAUUCAUGUUUUGUUAAUAAACCCCAGUUGUCCAGCCUUA